AUGGACCUAAUAUUCGUAAGAAGGGUACACAUAGUGCCUAAAAUAUAACAUCAAUAUCAAUCAGCAAAGCAUUAAUUUCAUUUUGGAAGUAUAAUUAAGUUAGAUAGAUUUGAUAUCAUAAUAUUUUUGGGAUAUAAAUAAAUAUUAAAAGUUAAAUUUCUNAUUCAAAGUUUAUAAGUCGAAAGAAAUAGAAAUAAAAUAAAUUUUAAAUAAGUUCAAGAUUAAUUAUAAUAACAUUAAUUAUAUAAUCCUACAACAAAUAAAUAAUCAGGAAGAGCAACAGAAUUAUCAAAAGUAAUAAAAAAUGUAUAUACAAUUCAUGAUUUAAAAUAUUAACAUGGUUAAUAAAUAAAACUUAAACCAUUAACUUUAAAAGUACUUUGGGAAGGAAUAUUGGUAAUAUUUUAUAUAUUAAUAUUAGACUCUUCAUAGAGUAUUAUAAAUAUUGAUGUUAUAUGAUGAUAUAAUAAGUAGACCAGCUAGAUUUGCUUUAAUAUAUGCUAAAACUAUUUUAGUAUUAGCAUUAUCUGCAUUAUUUUCAGGUAAUAUGGGACCUGUUUAUGGUACUCUUAUAUCAGUUGGAAUUGGUUAAGUUAUUAAUGUUAUUUUAUCUAUUAUUACAGUUACAAUGAAAGCAUCACCAAUUCUUAAAUUUUUAGGUAUUUUAUUAACAAUUGCAAUUUCUGCUGUUUGUUGGUUUAUUGUAUUAAUGCUUUCUGCAAGUAUGGAAGAAACAUAAGUAUUUUUUAUUAUUAAUAUUAUUUUAGGCAAAUAUGUGGGCAGUUUAAUUUGCAUCAACAUAAGUUAUUGAUCUAAUCAUAGUUGAAUUCCUUGUUAUUUCUCUUAAACUUGCUAUCUAUCCUUGGGCAAUUAAGGCAUUAAAUAAUCCUGAAGAAAGUGCCUCUAAAUUUUUAGCCAAUUUAGUUUUUAUAAUUGUUGCCCAACCAUAGAUUUAGAAGUUUUUUGAGGUGGAAGAUAAACACGAAGAUAAUUUAGAAGCCUGA